AUGCUCCGGCGGUCAUGCUCCGUCGCUGUCGUACAUUCUGCACGACACCGCUAUGGAAUAUCUGUGAGGAGGCGUAGACUGGUCACUCAGGCGCAGGUCGAGUACGCGCCGCGCGAAUCGGAACCGGAUGUCUCACCUUCGCGAUCACCACUGGCCACGCCUCGGGAGCUUGUAAAAUAUCUGGACGAGUAUGUUGUAGGACAAGAAUAUGCGAAGAAGACGCUGUCCGUCGCCGUGUACAACCACUACAACCGCGUGCGCGCAAACAUUGAAGCGUUGGAAGCGCAGCAUGAGCUUGAAUGGGAGCAAGCGCAAGAUAAUGCUGAGGCAACUGUGAUACCAGCCAAGAUUCGACCACAUCCCCGAAGACUACCACUACCCACCUUACCUCAUCAUCCCUUCAUGCCUGCGCCAUUGGUUGAAAAGAGCAAUGUUCUUGUCAUAGGGCCCACAGGUUCCGGUAAGACGUUGCUUGUACGGACACUGGCUAGGGUAUUGGAUGUACCGUUCUCGGUCAGCGAUGCGACCUCAUUCACUCAGGCAGGAUACGUCGGCGAAGACGUAGACACCUGCAUCCACCGCCUCCUCCAAGCAGCCAAUAACGACCCUUCACGAGCCAGCACCGGCAUAGUCUACAUUGAUGAAGUCGAUAAGAUUGCGCGAAGAAGUAGCGGCGGUAUGGAGGGCUCGCGCGAUGUGGGCGGUGAAGGUGUGCAGCAGGCUUUGUUGAGAAUGAUGGAGGGGAGUGUGGUAAAUGUACCGAGUAAACCGCUCGGAGGCGAUUUGACUGCUAGUGAAGGGAGGAGUAAACCUGGACGUGCUCCCAAACCAGAAACACAUCAAAUCGACACGUCGAACAUCCUCUUCAUCCUCAGUGGCGCAUUCGAAGGUCUGCCCAAGAUCAUCAACAGCCGGAUGGCCAAGGGCUCCAUUGGCUUUACAGCGAACUUGAAGCCCGACACUAAUGACAAGCAUAACGACUUCAUGCCCUUCUUUACGCCCAACAGAGGCGUUGCGCCAAACGUUCUCGAAUCCGUCCAACCGACUGAUCUCGUCAAGUUCGGCUUCAUACCAGAAUUCAUAUCCCGCCUCCCAACAAUAACCACUCUUUCACCUCUAACUCCUCACGACUUGCGGCGCAUCCUGACAGACGUCCGCGGAUCACUCGUAUCGCAGUACUGCGCCUUGUUCAACUACUCAGGCGUCGAGAUCAAGUUCACGAGUAGCGCAUUAGAUGAGAUCUGUAAGAAGGCCGCUGAACGCGGCGGUGGCGCGAGAGGAUUGCGUGGGAUCAUGGAGUCCUUGCUUCUUGAUGCGAUGUACGAGACACCAGGAUCAGAUAUUCGUUUCGUACUGAUCGAUGGUAGUGUCGUGCGGGGUGAACAGCCAGCGAUGUACUGGACGGAACGCGAAGGCGGCGCGUUUUGGGCAAGAUGGCAAGCGGAGGAGGCCGAGGAGUAG